GAGAAGAAGGAGGGUAGGGGUGUGUGCUUGUGGGGGCAGAAGAGCGCGCCGAAAUUAGUGCAAUGGACUGGCAAUUGGUUGGCAAAAAGCCGACCUCAUCUUACGCUCUCAUCGCCUAAAUCGCCGCAUAUGACUGACAGCUAUGAACACCAACACCUGGUGGCCCCCACAACCACCUUCCUUCUUUUCCCUUCCCUUCUUCUUUCCUGGAUCCUCUCCCCCACCACUGCUUUUCUUUCCUUCUCUGCUCUGUGUUUAGGUCAAGGAAACAUAACUACACAGCCCUCUCUGUCUUCCUCAUUGUGGCGGACAUUGUUGCAUGAUAAUGUAGUGAAGUGGGUUUGUGAUCCUCUGCGUAGUGGCGUUGCCCCCCCAAGAUCAGUGGUGCUUUCAAAAGUGGCAGUUUUUACUUGGAUUUGAGAAGAUGGUAGUGACUGUUUUUAGGCAUUUGUGGGUGUUCCCUCUCCUGUUGGCUCAGCUGCUGCUGCUGCUGGCUGGUGUUUGCCAGGCCGAAGACCCGUUUGUUUUCUAUGACUGGGUAGUCUCUUACACUACCGCGUCACCUCUUGGUGUCAAACAACAGGUGAUUGCAAUUAAUGGACAGUUUCCUGGCCCUCUUGUCAAUGUGACUACAAACAACAACGUUGUAAUCAAUGUCCAGAAUAACUUGGACGAGCCUUUGCUCAUGACUUGGCCUGGGGUACAACAACGAAGAAAUUCGUGGAAUGAUGGUGUCUUGGGCACAAACUGUCCAAUUCCCCCAUCUUGGAAUUGGACUUAUCAAUUCCAGGUUAAGGAUCAAAUAGGAAGCUUUUUCUACUUUCCUAGUACAAACUUUCAGAGAGCUGCUGGUGGAUAUGGAGGUUUUGCCAUUAACAAUAGAGUGUUUAUCCCUCUGCCUUUUGGCACGCCUGAGGGUGACAUAGAUAUUUUCAUAGCUGACUGGUAUAACAAAAACCAUACGGACCUGAGAAAAAUCCUUGAUGAUGGAAAAGAGCUGGGAAUGCCAGAUGGGGUGUUAAUCAAUGGGAAAGGACCUUACCGUUACAAUGAUACUCUUGUUCCUGAUGGCAUUGACUAUGAGACUGUUAAGGUUCAUCCAGGCAAAACUUAUCGUAUUCGAGUUCAUCAUGUUGGCAUAUCAACUAGCCUAAACUUCAGAAUCCAGAACCACAACUUGAACCUUGCGGAGGUGGAAGGAUCAUACACUACUCAACAAAACUAUACAAGCUUAGACAUCCAUGUAGGCCAGUCUUAUACAUUUUUGGUGUCCAUGGAUCAAAAUGCCAGCACUGAUUACUAUAUUGUAGCAAGUGCUCGGUUUGUAAACACGACAAUCUGGCAAAGGGUAACUGGCGUUGCAAUUUUGCAAUACUCCAACUCCAAAGGUCCUGCAAAGGGUCCUUUACCAAGCUCCCCUGAUGACUUUUAUGACAAAUACUUCUCAAUGAACCAAGCAAGAUCAAUCAGGUGGAAUGUUUCAGCUAGUGGUGCUCGUCCAAAUCCUCAGGGCUCAUUUAGAUAUGGCUCAAUCAAUGUUACCCAAAAGUAUCUUGUGCAAAAUAAACCGCCAUCACUUGUACAUGGAAAGCUCCGUACUGCCCUCAAUGGCAUCUCAUAUGUUAAUCCAGCAACUCCUUUGAGGCUAGCUGACCAGUACAAGCUAAAAGGAAUAUACACUCUUGACUUCCCAACAAAGCCAAAGGAUGGGCCACCCGUUAUGGCAACAUCUGUCAUCGAUGGUACUUUCAGGGGAUUCAUGGAAAUUGUAUUGCAAAACAAUGUUACAUCAGUUCAAAGUUACCAUUUGGAUGGAUAUGCCUUCUUCGUGGUUGGUAUGGAUUACGGAGAGUGGACGGAGAAUAGCAGAGGAACUUAUAACAAAUGGGAUGGGGUCGCACGCUCCACUAUACAGGUCUUUCCUGGAGCAUGGACUGCAAUUUUGAUUUCACUGGAUAAUGUGGGCUUUUGGAACCUUCGAUCAGAAAAUUUGGACUCGUGGUAUCGUGGCCAGGAAGUGUACAUAAGGGUCGUGAACCCAGAAAUUACUAACAAAACUGAGCUUCCAAUGCCUUCUAAUGUUCUCUAUUGUGGUGCUCUGGCUCAUCUACAAAAGCCACAAAAGCACAAAUCAGCGGCAACUGCCCUUAUUGCUGGACGUGGCGGUGCGCUGUUGUCUUCUCUUCUGGUUAUUGUCAGCUACAUUUUUCUCCUUGUGUAAACAAAGAACAUCAGAGGAGUGUUUGAUUGUUAUUUUUUUGCCUUUAUUUUUUCUUUCUUUUUCUGAUUCUGAUUGUUGGGUAGGGGUGAGCAAGGGUGUGGGAGGAAUGUGAAUUUUGUCCGACUCUGAUUGUGUGUUUAUAUGAUCUUAACGUGUUUCUUCUA